UUGAGAGACGAACAGUAUACAGUAGUGUAGUAUAGAUAGAUUAUAUGCCGCAUACGCAUAACCUCUUGUCCUUGCGAUUUCUGAUUUUCUGAUUACUAAAAAAGUGUAAACAUUUGAAAAUUUUACUUGUUUAGUUUUGUUAUAAACAUGUUUGUAUUAUUUAUAUUAUCGUUGUUGGUUAGUACAAUUUAUUGUGGACCGGAAGAGUUAGAAGGAGUAAAAUAUGCAGAUAAAUGCGAAGUCUGUAGAGUAGUUGCUACAGAACUGGAAGCAAGAUUAGAUGAAACAGGAAAAACUAGUGAUGUUUUAGAAAUUGGAUAUUCAGUUGACGAUGUUGCUCCAAAAAAGAGAAAAGAAUACAAAAAAUCAGAGCUAAGAUUGAUAGAAUCAUUGGAAAAUGUAUGCGAGAGAAUUUUAGAGUACAAUAUUCAUAAAGAAAGGACUGAUAGUACAAGAUUUGCUAAAGGAAUGAGUCAAACUUUCAAAACUUUACAUGGUCUAGUUGACAAAGGUGUUAAAGUAGAACUAGGUAUACCAUAUGAAUUAUGGGAUAAUCCCUCAGCUGAAAUAACAGAUCUGAAAACUAAAUGUGAGGAUUUACUUGAAAACCAUGAGUCAGAUAUUGAAGAAUGGUAUUAUCACCAUCAAGGAGAUAUUGCUUUAACUAAAUAUUUAUGCUCAGAAAGAGCUUUAAAAGAAAGUGAUGACUCUUGCCUAAAAGAUAAAGGGGAUGUAGAAAGUUCUGAUGUUUCAAAAGAAGAAAAGAAAUCACAAAAGAAAGUUCCAGAUGAGUUGUAAACUAUUCACUAUUAUGAUUUACUUAGAAUACUUGAAUUUUAUGACUUUGAAACAUGACAGUUUAUCCAGCACUGCUUAUGUGCAAUAUGAGAGUUAAUUACCAUGUGAUAGUAUUUUAUAUUUAUAAGAUUCAAGAUCUCUUUACAUAAUUAGAUCAUUCCAGGAACAACAUUCAUUUAGAAACAUUUUUAAAUGCCAUCUAUAUAAUUCAAUCACGAGUAUUCCUGUUUAAUAUCUUAUUUUAUUAACAACAAAAUACAACUUUUCAAGAAGUAAUUUCACAGAUCAAUUUUUCU